UCUUGUCUUGUCGUGUCGUCUUGUCUUGUCUUGUCUUGUGUCGUGUUGUGUUUCUUGUCUUGUCUUGUCGUGUCGUGUCUCUUGUCUUGUUGUGUCGUGUCCCUUGUCUUGUCUUGUCUUGUCUUGUCUGUAAUUAUCAGACUGGCUCCAGUGGCUGGAUCACCUGUCUGGUACCAGCUCACUGAACUAAAAUGCUCUAAAAUGAGCAACUUUUUUUUUUUUUAAACAGUUUGAUUUGUUACUUUGCUAUUUUGUGAUUAUCAUGCCAUAGCUUUAUAUUACAUAAAAAAAUUGCAUUAAAAAACAGGCCCAGACUCACAGUCCUGACCCUGCCCAAAAACAAUGGUGGAAAAUCUCGGCCCGAUAAUCUAAAAUCUAAUUUAACAAUACUAUAAUGGCCUAACUGCACAUUUUUACAGGGUCUUUUUUUUUACAGAAGUAGUAGUGUUGCAGCAUUGUGGCGGGUAGAGGUGGGCGGAUGGAUCUAAAUAUCGAUAAUAUUGAUACCAAUGCUGGUAUUGGUAUUGAGAAAUACUCGUGUAAAAGAUCAAUACUUAUGCUUUUUUUUUCUUCCACACGCACCGCUGCUACCUCAAAAAAGAUUUAUUUUCCUAAUGUUAAGGCAAACUUUGUUUUGUAACUGUUUCUAGACAUUGUUUCUAAACAAAAAUGUUGAUUUUGAUAAAGUAUUUAAUAUUAAUAUCACCCAAAAUUUUUCAAUAUCGAGUAUGAUAUUAUGCCCUGAGUAUCGUUCUAUUUUUUUUUGGCUGUUUUUAGCAAAAGAAAAAUUCACACUGUUCUCAUUUCUCAUUAUAUAUGUACUGUUUAGCGCCAUAUCACCCACCCCUAGUUGUCACUAGGGAAAUUGUAUCCUAGGUCUUUUUGAUCAUUUGGAUCUAUGAAGCUUAAAACAUUAAAAAUUAUUGGUAUCAGUAUCAAUAUCAGCAAUACUGGUCCUGCAUUUACUUGGUAUCGUAUCGAUACCAAAAUUCCCAGUAUCGCCCACCUCAAGUUUCUGAACUUCCAGUCAACACUGGAACACUGCUCCCCUGCCCCCAUUUAAAGCUUGAGCACUGAGCACUCCCUGCAGAUCACAUGUUACAUCACUUGAUAGAGGGAAAUGUGAACAGCGCUCUGCAGCAGGAGACCACAAAAGAGGCCUUGUGAGCCGUCAGCAGGAAGGGGACGCUAAUCCUGCGUUACCUAGAAGCUUCCAAAUAAGAAUUAAACCCAAGAAAAAACAAACAAGAAACAUGUGCUCGUAAAUAAUUACUGUAAUUGCUUAAACCAUCCCUCCUCAAACACCACCACCACCACCACCACCGCCAGCGUCUUCCUCCUGCCAGCAUCGCAGAGCAGAGCUCAUGCCAAACUCGGAAUUUGGGACUCUGUGAAGCAGAGCUGGAGGAGCCUCCCUGAGAGAAGCUGCUAAUCUCAUAAAAAGUCACGUGUCCUACAACUUGCUGGAGGCCUUUCGCAACACAACUCAACACAGAGGGGUUUUUCUCUCGUUCACCCAAAUCAGCCAAACCCCUUCCCUCUGCUCAGACCUGCUCACUUCUCAUCACGUCCUGAGGGCCACUCAAGCAGUGAAGCACAGCACUCGCCUCUCAGCUAUGCAGUAGAGAUUAGCGGACGCUGGACUGGACUCAUGACUGGAGCCAUGACUCUACUGAGCGAGGAAAAGCCCGCCAGGUUCCCCGAGCCCAGCACCCACAUAACCACGGCCAUGGAGCCCUACACCAUAGACUGUGUCACCAAAGGGGACCUGGCAGACUCGGUAGAGUCCGCCGUGUUCGAGGCGGUGGAGCCUCCGAGAAGAUCGAGGGGACGGCUGGUCAUGCACGGGCUGGUGAUGUUCGGCAGGGAGUUCUGCUACGCGGUGGAGGCGGCGUUCGUCACGCCGGUGCUGCUGAGCGUAGGUCUCCCGAGGAGCAUGUACAGCCUGGUGUGGCUCAUCAGCCCCGUGCUGGGCUUCAUCCUCCAGCCGGUCAUCGGCUCGGCCAGCGACUACUGCCGCUCGCCGUGGGGACGGAGGAGACCCUACAUCCUGUCUCUGGGGAUUAUGAUGCUGGUGGGCAUCACCAUGUUCCUCAACGGAGACGCAGUGGUUUCAGCGAUAGUCCGGCACCGGGGUUUGAAGAGGACCUGGUCUAUAGUGGUGGUGAUGUUUGGAGUGGUGCUGUUCGACUUUGCGGCCGACUUCAUCGACGGGCCGGUGAAAGCCUACCUGUUCGACGUCUGCUCGUACCAGGACAAGGAGAGAGGCCUUCACUACCACGCCCUGCUUACUGGUUUGGGUGGAGCGUUUGGUUACCUGAUUGGUGCGAUGGACUGGGGUCACUCCGCUCUGGGCGUUCUGCUGGGAUCCGAGUACCAGGUCAUCUAUUUCUUCUCUGCUAUAACCUGGGGCUUCUUCCUCACCGUGCAUCUCUUCAGCAUCCCUGAAACCCCUCUGAAGAAGCAGCAGCACACCUCCGAGUCCACCGCCCCCACCGCACCGCUCAUCCUGGCCUCUAACGGAACUGGGUACGGCGCCCUGCCCAAGGACCCGGUGCCCGCACCUGAGAUCCGGCCUCGCUCCUUUUCCGCCCUCAGCGAGGCCAACGCCGUCACGUCCAGCGCCAAGCAGCCCAGCAAAGAGGUACGGAAGCGGAUGACUCUGAAGUCUUUACUGUCGGCCAUGAUUAACAUGCCCACUCAUUACCGCUGUCUGUGUGUGAGUCAUCUGCUGGGCUGGACUGCUUUCCUCUGUAACAUGCUCUUCUUCACCGACUUCAUGGGGCAGAUUGUGUACAGGGGGAAUCCAUAUGCUGCUCAUAACUCCACCGCUUAUGCCACCUAUGAGAGGGGGGUGGAGGUGGGCUGCUGGGGGCUCUGCAUCAACGCCGUCUCAUCUGCUCUUUAUUCCUAUGUACAGAGACUGCUCCUACCCUACAUCGGCCUGAAGGGACUCUACUUCAUGGGCUACUUUGUGUUCGGCCUGGGCACCAGCCUCAUCGGCCUGUACCCAAACAUCAUCUCCACCCUGUCCCUCUGCAGCGUCUUCGGCGUGAUGUCCAGCACCCUCUACACCAUCCCCUUCAACCUCAUCUCAGAGUACCACAAGCAGGAGGAGGAACACAGAAAACAGGGUAAGGAAGACCCCUCGGCGCAGGGGCGUGGCACAGGUGUGGACUGCGCCGCCCUCACCUGCAUGGUGCAGCUAGCUCAGAUCAUAGUGGGAGCUGGACUGGGAGCUCUGGUGAACCUGGCCGGCAGCGUGGUGGUGGUGGUUCUGUCCGCCUCCACCAUGGCCCUGAUUGGCUGCCUCUUCAUCGCCGUCUUCAUCAGACACGUGGACUGAACUGAGGACCUCUAUUCUCUGAGAACAGGAAUGUGGGUCAAUUUCUCUGCUCAAGUUCAUGGUUGGAACCUGCAUCCAUCAUCAGCUUCAAACAGUCAGCAGAAGCAGUCUGGUGAUCUCAGCAACGUCUCACGAUACCCAUGAACCCAUAUACAGUAUUUAUACACCAGGAACAGGCUGGGCGAUACGUGCCGAGCUUGAGAAAGCGAUUGAGCGCAAUACAGAACAUUAGUUUGGACACAGCUUCUCUUUUUCAAUGCGUUUUCUUUAUUUUCAUGACUAUUUCCAUUGUAGAUUCUCACUGAAGCAUCAAAACUAUGAAUGAACACAUGUGGAGUUUUAUGUACUUAACAAAAAAUGAGCUGAACCUCCACAGUCACCGGACCUGAACCCAAUCCAGAUGGUUUGGGGUGAGCUGGAGCACAGAGUGAAGAAGGCAAAGGAGCAACAAGUGCUAAUAAACACCUCUGGGAACUCCUUCCUUCAAGACUGUUGGAAAACUUUUCAUUUCAGGUGGCCACCUCUUGAAGAAGACCUCAUUGAGAGAAUGAUGCCAAGAGUGUGCAAAGCAGUAAUCAGAGCAAAGGGGGGCUAUUUUGAAGAAACUAGAAUAUAAAACUCCACAUGUGUUCAUUCAUAGUUUUGAUGCUUCAGUGAGAAUCUACAAUGUAAAUAGUCAUGAAAAUAAUAAAGAAAACGCAUUGAAAACGAUUAAGAAGGUGUGUCCAAACUAUUGGUCUGUACUGUUUAGGGCAAAAAGAGUUCAACAAUUAACAAGAGAGAUCAUUAUGCAUGUUCAGCCCAAUCUGUUGGGCUUAAAGUAAGAGAAGAUUCCCAUGUGAAGGACAUUAUAAACUCUAAACACCACCGGUCAGAAGUUUUAAAACACCCCAUAUUGUUUAGUGGUGAAGUUUCUAUAUUUUUUAAAAAAUAUUUUUUCUUAUCAAUUUCUCUUUUAAACACUUCCUUUCCCCCAUUAGACCCCCUUUAAUUCUUAUAUAAUAUCCAAUCAUGUAAAUCUGAGCUAAAAGCUAAAGCUUCUGUUUCCAUGUGGGUCAGCCAGACGUCUUCCUGUAGCAGUUUUCUCCAGUUUCCAAGAGUCUUUUUUUUAUUUUUAAAGCUGUAUAUCCCCUAUCACUAAUUGUGCCACAACACAAGGAGGGUGAAGACUAGCACACACCUCCUCUGAUACAUGUGAAGUCAGACUCCACCCCUUUUUGAACUGCUGCUGAUGCUGUAGCAUUGCCGAGUAGCAUCACAGCGAUAACGCUCGGAGGAAAGCGCAACGACUCGGUUCUGAUACAUCAGCUCACAGAUGCAGCUUUGUGCUGAUCCACACUGUACACCCUAAUGAGUUAAGUCUACUCAAAUCAUUUUAGGUCAUUUAUUGCCUCAAAUAAAUAAAGUUUUUAAAACUAUUUUUUUUAUAAUUUAUAAUACUGUAAGAAGUUAAACAAAUGUUCUUCAAGAUAAGUCUUUAAGUUCAACAGACAAACCAAAAGUACUUGACGCGCAAAACGUGAUGAACCUAAAACUUAACUUUUUUAAGUCAAAGUAACUAUUUUUAUUGCGCAACCGGUCUGUCUUACUUUUUAAAAUUUAUUGCAAUGAUGACAUUAAGUAAAUAGUUUUUACUCAACAUUUGCUUAUUUGAAGUUUUAAUAGACAAAAAAUUCUAAAUCAAAGUGAAACUACUAAACAAAAAUCUAAAUAAAUAAUGAACACAGACAGGAUUAACAGGAUGCAGUAGAAAAAACAAGAUUACAUUAGUAACCUUUUCUCAAAAUCUUCACAUAAUUCACAUAAAGGCUGUAAAUCAUAAUAUGCAUCAUAAUAUACGACCUACAAGUUUACCGAUGGAAGCCUGAUGGGGAAUCGCUAAACUAAAAUUAAUUUUAAGUUGGUUUAACCCAAAGAUCUCAGUUUGAAUAGUACAGUAUAUGUGCCCACAAAUAUUCAUCAAACUCAAAAUAGUUGAGUAAUGUUUAGGAAUAUCCAAUUUUAGGUAAAACAGACUUAAUUCGAGUUCAAACAACUUAUGGGUUUACAGUGUACAUCAGUCUAGAAGUAAUGAGGGGAAAGGAGAGCGCCAUCUACUGUACCCACCCAGAGAGAGAGAGCAAAAUCAAUUGUGCUCUCUCAGGGCUCUGGCAGCUGAUGGCAAGCUGCAUAACUGGGAUUCGAAUCUCUGCAGAAAUCUCCUGAUCAUAGUUUUAGUGCUUUUGAAGGUGUAGGAAACAGUACUCACCGCUCUCUGGAUUUAUCUGUAAUUUAAGAAAAUGCUUUUAAUUUAAUAGUUAAUUUUAAGAGUUAACUGGGUUUCUGGUUUAUGUGUCUUUUUCUAGUUAUUAUGAUAAAAGUGAAAGACAAAAGAUUUGCAUUUUAAACCUAUUUACAAAGCUCAGUUUAUUUCCAAUAUCUACACAUCACAUCAGCUUUAAUCUGUUAAACAAUGACCUUUUUUUAUUAAAAAGCAACUCAUCCAUUUUUAGGUCAUUUUCUUUAUUUUAAAGCCCUGCCAGUUUACUUCUAGUUUCUGUAUCACUGGAUUUUGUACUAUUCCAGUGUAUUAACUGGACCUAAAGAGCUUAAAUGGCAAAUAUAAAACUGAAAAAAAGUGCGGGUGUUCUAAAACUUGUGACCGGCUGUGUUCCAAUCCAAAUCAAGCUGAAAUCGAGCUGAAAUUCAGGAAAUUUCCAGGUGGUGCUAAAACGAACGGAGGCCGACAAACGUGGAAUAAUAAAGUGAAUUAUCCUUUCAAUAUAUAUUUGCUUUAUUUCAGUAUUUGUGUUUUUUAGGGUUCUUUUUUUUCCAUUCUCAUGACGUACAAAUGUGUUUUUUUGACUUACUUGACAAACAGUGACCUGUAAUAAUGCAAAUAAUGCAACCAUUGUUCUUUAGCUUGGUUUGAGUUCAUAAUAAAGCAGAACACAGAACAUAAUGGCGACGCAUACUCCCACUUGACGACAGGUUGUAGCUUCUUCUGUUGAACAGAUGACACAAAAUGAAUCCCUUGAGCUGAUCUUGAGCAUCGUAGUCCAAAAAAAAAAAAAAUCAAUUGCUUUCUUUCUGCAGUCUCAGCCUGCCAUUAUGUUCAGUAAAAAGGUUGUCAAAAAAAAUAAGACCUUCUGCAAACAGCAGAAAACGGUGGCGUUGGAGCGAGUCCUGCUCUGAAAAUACGUUAAUAAAAAAAAAAUCAUUCAACACAAUCUCGGGUUGAGAGAACAUACAGUACUGUAAGUGCCAUCAGUGAGGAACGUUGGCUUCUACCAGGCUAUUUUCAGAGAAAACAGUCUUUCUAUAUGGCAGCAAGUCAAUGGCACAUUCAGCACUGAAGUAUCUGUCCAUUUAUUCCUCUGGGAUUGUGUAGUAAACCAACAGCAGCAUUGUUGAACUCGCAAGAUCAAUCAUUUACCAAUCAGAUGUCCACAAUAAAAUGGCCUUGCUCACACUGUG